AGAGUGGAUACUUCAGUCUUCUUGAAACAUCCAGUGUUACAGAGUAGGUGUUAUCUCUUUCCUGUAGCAUAACAACCAGAGGGCAGGAAAGUAAUGAGGCAAUUCUUUCAAUCUGGUAAAUAACUGUGCCCUGUCAAGUGUAUUUGUCAGCCAAUAUCAGUAAAGCAAAUAGUUAAUUAGGUUUCACAGUGCUGCUAGCCGCAUCUCCCCAGAAUGAAAACAGUUGCAGUUAAUUCAUAUAUAAUAAAUGUUUUCAGAAGGCUAUAAGCUCUGCCCUUCAUCUUACUGAUGUGCUCUGCAAUUCGCUUUAUGAGCAGUUCUGCCAGUUUGUAGAUACGAUCCCAUUUGAAAGGCAAGAUGUGCCAGAUGAGACAGACAGAGAAGUAGUUCAGCAGUCCAGUGUGCACAAAUCCAUGCCUGAAAAUGCGAUGAGAAAGCCGAGUCUGCUGAGAAGUGAAUGAGGAACGGCAAUACUUUGUUGUAACGAUGUUAGUUUUACAUUAAGGCAUCCAGAGCUGCAAUGUGAGAAAUCCACCCUGGAGACUACAUGUAAAGAUCUAUUAAGAUGAUGAAGGAGUCUCCAUUAAUAUUCUGUACCUUUUUUUUUUUUUUCAGAAUAUAUUUCUAAUUAUUUUUUUUCUUUUAAAUCUCUUAUAGUAAAAGACUUUGUUUUUAAUAUACAGAAUGGUUACAGAAAAUGAACUGAAAAUGAACUCCUCUUCAAUAACUGUGCAAUUGCUCACUGUCAUUCGGAUGUGAAUUUGAUUCAGCAGAGUGAUUUUUAGAAAACACAUGCAUGAAAACACAUGAAUUGCAAAGUGAAAUGUAUUUCUCCAUACUGAUCAAACAAAUACUUGUCUUUCAUUAAUUGGACAAAGGGGGGGAAAAAAGUGAUGAGAAAAAAAGCUGGCAGCUUGUUGAAAAUCAGAAGUGAUCCUGUACUGGUUUGACUUAAUUGUAGCACUGCAAACUUUUCUCGUGAAACCUUUUCAGAAAGAAGGUAGCAGCCAAAGGUAACUCACUAAUAUUGCAUGGCAGAAGGAGGAAAUGAGUGGAAAGCAAACUGAAAUGCAGGAAAGAAAAGGAAGGCAAGAUGCAAAGGAAAAAUGCAUGCGUCUGAAUGUUUAGCUCAUUUUUUCUGAAGCACAGAGAAUUUCUAGACAUUUCAGAUGAAUUAAUUUCAGAUGAUUGGAUUAUAUUACAGAAUGUUGAGAAAUUCCUAAGUUAGUCACUCUUUCCAGAAGAUGGCUGCAGGAAUAACUUGCUACAUUUCUAAUGCAUUUUUCAGUUUCAGUCAGACUGAGUUGCUGUGACUCAGGCUACCUGGUGCCUUCGUCCUCGGGAAGUCCUGAUGCUGUAAGCAGGGCUUCACACAGAGUGGGGUAUUGUACGUCCACAACAGGAUGGCAGAACCCCAUCCCUGCCUUCUAAUAAAAUAUGAAUUGACUUUUUAGGGUUUUGAUUUUUAAUUUUGUUAUAGACUCAUUCUUUCCAGUCUGAAUUUUGUCAUGGCCCAGACUUGGGGAAGAAAAAGGGUAUUGUUCAACCUAUUCAGGAGAUAAAAUGUCAUUAGAUGCUUAUAAUCAGAUUACACUGCUUUUGAAGGGAGGCUUAUAAAGAUGAAUUUUGUACAGUGAAGGGAUGAUGAGUAGGCAGAUGUUCUAUUAAUUUCCUGCUUUGGGAAUUCUCAGACGGAGUAACUUUAUCUGACAAACAGACCCAGUGAGAUGCAGAGAGAUGACUACUAAACCAGAAUUCAAGUCUUGAAGUGAUAUUGUAUUGUACUAGUCUGGAGAGAUUACCAAAGGUAACUGCAGUAUUAAAGGUACAUACAAUAUCAAAGAGAGCCUGGAGGGAGGAGUGGAGUAUUUUACUGAAUCAAAAUGUGACAGAAAAUGAAGAAGCCUUUAGGCAAACAAGCCUUCAGGUACCUAUCGCUAUGAUCCUGCAGCUCUUCUUCUGUCCAUCAGAGUUGCAAAAGCAUUAGUUCCACUUCUAGGCAUGGAAACAGUCACUGGAUAGAGUAGCAGGGGUCAGAGUCCAUGAUUAAUCUCUCCAGCUAGCGUUAUUAAUGUCCCAAAUGUCACUCCUUAUUCAUUUCACCCACUUGAGUCUGUCACGUCCUUCUGUGCCGAUGGUUCUGAGAACAGGUUUGACAUGAAAUGCAUGAUAACAGAUGUGCAGCUGGAGUAGCUGACUGGAAAAAAAAAAUCAGCCUGCUGUGAGGGACGUGGAUUCCUUUCCUCCAAACACUGUUUUUUAAUUCCCUAAUUGUCCACACAUUUUAGGGAAUCCAUAUAAAUUAAACUGCCUAGAGAAAGUUGCACGGUUGAGAGGAUUGGGGAGAGGUCUGGGAUUUUCAGCUUUGCAACUCUGUGAAAACAUCAACUGUCACCUAUGAACCAAAGUCAUUCUGUUGUCUGCAUCUGAAAACUAGAGAUGGAUUGCUGUGAAGUAAACUCAGUAUUUGCUUGUGGGGAAUGACAUGUGGGACACAGAUCUGUAGGUACAAUUUUCACACUUUCACUCUUGAGAACUUGUCAGGCUAAGACUGAUUUUUCCUCAAAUGCUAAAAUUUAAAUGUUACCUUUUCAGUGUUUCAAAAGAUAAAAGUUUUAAAAAGGCAAAUAAAGUGUUUCCUGGACAAUAUAGAUUUUUUUUUUUAAACUUCCAUAGAUUUUGUGAGAGGUGAUACGAGAAUGUUGGGAGAAAAAAGUAAAAAGAAAGAAAUUAGCUCGCAUCAGCUCUGCAAAACACAUGUAUGACUCAUUUUAGGAUUGACUGAAGCUCAGUGCUCAACAUCCAGAUUGCAAUCCGUUGUCCUCGAGGCUAUUUACAACUGAUGUUCUAAAGUCUGUCCAUCUUGUCCUGCAAUGCCACAGUUGGAUUAACGAAUGAGACUGGCUGAGGAAAAGUGGGAAAAAAGAAUAACAGAAAUGAUUGACUGUAUGCAGUUUUCAGGCCAUUCAGUGAGCUUGCUGUGUAUACAGAUGCUAUAUUUCCAUAUUAAUGCUCAGCAAUAUGAAAUGUGGAGACGCAUCAAAAUCUCAUUCUUCUUCAGAAUAACUGGAGAUAUAUAUAUGUUUUUAUGUGGGCUAAAGAAUACUGUUACACUAUGGCCUAAAUAUCCGAUAGAGAAGUUUAAUUCAUGUUGAUGUCUGCUACUGACUUUCUUCAAGAGGGAUUUUGGAUAGAUUUGGACACUGACCUAUGUUAGAAUGGCAAACCUGAUUUUUCUUUGUGGCAACUGAAGAGUGGCAAUUCUGGUGCAGUAGAAAAAGAAAUUUGCUGAGUGAAGACUUCUCUCAUGUCAAAAGGAAAAGGUUAUGUGUUCUCAUGUACUAAAGUACUUCUUAUGCUCGGGAUUUAUUAGGUGUUAAAGGUGAUACUUAGAAAAGAUAUUUUUAUCAAAGGGCCCAGCACUACUUUAGUAAUUAGAAUCUCUGUGAGUUAAUAUCACACAGAUCUGCACAACAUGUUAUUUUUUUGUAUUUGUAGAAAAUCUCUUAGUGCUUCUAUAUUUCUUUUGACUUUCCCACUUUUUAGAUGCAUGGCUAAUAAAGAGGCCAAGCAAUCCUCAAAUGGAAAUGACCGAUUGCAUCGAAAAUAGAUCUGCCUAAGUUAGCCUCUUCCUUCCUUCCUUCCUUCCUUCCUUCCUUCCUUCCUUCCUUCCUUCCUUCCUUCCUUCCUUCCUUCCUUCCUUCCUUCCUUCCUUCCUUCCUUCCUUCCUUCCUUCCUUCCUUCCUUCCUUCCUUCCUUCCUUCCUUCCUUCCUUCCUUCCUUCCUUCCUUCCUUCCUUCCUUCCUUCCUUCCAUUGUGAAGUUUGUAGAUUUUGAGAGUCACCACUAAUACAGUUUUUAGUUGCCUCCAUGUUUUUAACGCUGGUUUGUAGAUGCAUCUUUUAGUCUUACAACUUCUGUAGAGAUUUCAGUUGUCUCCUACAGUUAACAUCCUUCCUUUGUUACUGACAGCAGUGUAAAGGUAGAGCUAGUUCAAUUCUGUGUUUUAAUCUAGAACACUGAAUUUGGGGCUAAAUAAUUUGCUGUGGAAAAAGAAAUCUGCCCUGAGAUUUAGGCCAAAAUGUCCUUUCAAACUGAUAGCCAGGAUUUCCAAAUUCAGACUGUUAUUCAGUAUUCUGAAUCAAUUGAAAUCAAUUAAAAUCAUGGAUGGACAGUGCCAGAACCAUGAUGUUUACUAACAUGUGCUGGUCCUUUCUUGAGGACUUAGCAGUGAAGUUGCAUCCUAAAAAGUCAUCUUUCCAGCUUUUCUGGAUUAUAUUUCAUGACAACAGGCAUUUUAAAAGCUUGAAUGCCAUAAAAAUUGAAUUUGUCCUAGAGAGUGUUAUGAGAAAGAAAAUUUAAGCUCUGUAUAGACUACAGCACUUAAUUUCUGUGAAUACCUUUUACUUCUACCUUACUUUCACUUACUUCUUGAUGAUAGGGACUUCCACAGGUAUUAUUUAAUAAGCAUUCCAGCUACAGUGAAGUUGCAGUGCCAUCAAUUCACUGCAUUAUCAAAAACUCCAUUGCUUAAUGUACUUGAAUUGCAACUUCCUUUGGGCACAGUAAAAAAGCAACUACCUCUUUGAUGAAUAGCACUUAAAGUUAUAAUUGAAUAUACUGCUUUGAAAAGAUACAUUGGCAUUUACUUUCUGCUUUAACUGCAGGAUUGUUUUGUGAAGAAAAGAUUGAGUCUCAUAACAAUUGGGCUUGCUUUGCAUAAUAUUGUCUUAUCUGUGCUAUAAAUCUUUGCCAAUAUUGGAUGCACAGGACAAAGCUCACACGCUCCUAAAGCUUGUUUGUGAAGAUGCCAAGCUCUGAGAUUCUGUAAUGAGGCUGGCAUUAAAAAAUGCUAAAUAGGCUUUUUCCUUUUUAGUAUUAUUGAAAAUUAUCUCAUCUCUUCCCCCUCUUUAAGAAUCAUUCACACAGAAGAUAGUUGAAAAAAUGAACAGUUUAUUUUCAUGCUUUUUUUGUCCAUUAAACUACUGCAUUUUCUGGAGACCAGUGUGAUCUAGGAAAAUAAGGCACAGAACUGAAAGCCAUGAGGCUUGUGUUUCACUCUUCUGUCCUCAAACCUGUUUUUGGUUAAUUGCCAGACCCUAAAGAUCAAUGUCAACUGAGUAUAUCACCUAAAUAUUUGGAUAUAAAUGAACUUCUUUUUGUUUUUAAUUACUUUUCUUGCUGAUCAAUGGAGUAAAUACUGAUGUGAGCAAUUCAAGGCUCUACAGUUGGGAUCACAGCGCUGUUCUCAUAGGAGCCUCAAAGGCCACCAUAAAUCCUACCUGAGCUGUUUGAAAGCAAACUCCGGAGCAGUCUUUAGGAGAUACUGAUGGUGGAGUGUCAUCUUGAAGACAAAGGGACCAGAGAGAUCCUUGGCUUUACCACAUUCAUGUCAUAGGUUGAGAUCUUUGGUAAAGCAGCUAGAAAGAGGGGAAGCUUCUGUUGUAGACCUAAAGAAGAACUUGGAAUAUGCUGCGACGGUCCUUGAGUCAGUAUACAUUGAUGAAACGAGGCGUUUACUGGACACAGAAGAUGAGCUCAGUGAUAUCCAAUCUGACUCCGUGCCCUCAGAGGUCCGGGACUGGUUGGCUUCUACCUUCACACGGCAAAUGGGGAUGAUGCUCAAAAGGACAGAGGAGAAACCCCGGUUCAGGAGUAUUGUCCAUGCAGUACAAGCUGGGAUAUUUGUGGAAAGAAUGUACAGGCGGACGUCCAAUAUGGUUGGUUUGAGCUACCCACCAGCUGUAAUUGGAGUGCUAAAGAAUGUAGACAAGUGGUCCUUUGAUGUAUUUGCACUAAACGAUGCCAGUGGAGAUCAUGCACUGAAGUUCAUUUUCUAUGAACUUCUCACGCGCUAUGAUCUGAUCAGUCGUUUCAAGAUCCCUAUUUCUGCUCUGGUGUCCUUUGUGGAAGCUCUGGAGGUUGGAUACAGCAAACACAAAAAUCCUUAUCACAACCUAAUGCAUGCUGCCGAUGUGACACAAACAGUCCAUUACCUCCUUUUCAAGACAGGUGUAGUGCACUGGCUGACAGAGCUGGAGAUCUUCGCCAUGAUCUUUGCAGCUGCUAUCCAUGAUUAUGAACACACAGGAACCACCAACAAUUUUCACAUCCAAACACGGUCAGACUCAGCCAUUCUGUAUAAUGACCGAUCUGUGCUUGAAAAUCACCAUGUUAGUGCAGCAUAUCGUCUUUUACAAGAUGAUGAAGAGAUGAAUAUUUUAUCUAAUCUCUCAAAAGAUGACUGGAGGGAGUUCAGGGCUCUGGUGAUUGAGAUGGUGUUAGCCACCGAUAUGUCCUGUCACUUCCAGCAAAUCAAAGCCAUGAAGAAUGCUUUGCAGCAGCCAGAAGGAAUUGACAAGCCGAAAGCCUUAUCACUGUUGUUGCAUACAGCAGAUAUCAGUCAUCCAGCCAAGGCCUGGGACCUCCACCACCGCUGGACCAUGUCUCUGCUAGAGGAGUUCUUCAGACAGGGUGACAAAGAAGCAGAGCUAGGGCUUCCCUUCUCUCCAUUGUGUGACCGGAAGUCCACUAUGGUUGCUCAGUCUCAAAUAGGUUUCAUUGAUUUCAUCGUGGAACCCACUUUUACUGUGCUGACUGAUAUGACUGAGAAGAUUGUGACACCGCUCAUAGAUGAAGCUUCCCGUUCUGGCAUGUCUGGGUUCAGACGUUCCAGUCUGAAUAGCAUCAGUCCCUCUGAAGUUAAGAGAUCAAGUGUCAAGAGCACUGGGUCAGAAGGAAGUGCCUCACUCAACUGCUCCAUACUCACUGUGGACUUCAAAUGUUUUAAAGCCACCUGGACUGAGGUGGUGCAGCAGAACCGGGAGAAAUGGAAAGCACAAGCCACCAAAGAAGAAAAAGCUAAGAAAGAAGCAGAGGAAAGUGUUCAUCAGGGAACAGAUGAAAAGAAAACAGAUGAAAAGGAUGAGAAGCCAACUGAAGAUGCCACAGCAGCAAAGACGGAGAACAGCAAAGAACCAAAUCCUGGGGAAAACAAAAGUUCAGAUUCCAGUGAAAAUUCCCAUGUAAAUGGGACUGGGCAAACUGGAGUGACCAGACACGAAGCCUCUCAAGCAAAAAGCGUUCCUAGGACAGAUAAGGGAAUGGAUUCUCAUCACACAUCAAAGGAAGAGAAACAUGUCCAGAAUGGUGAAAUAAAGGAAGACAGUAUGGCAGACAAAAAAGAUCAAUCUAGUGUGGGAAAUGAAUCAAAGAAAACAGAUGAUACAGAAGAGUAAAAAUAUACUAAAAAAAAAAAGAGACUGCACAUUUCUUUCAUCAUUUUAGCCGAGCUUCUUCAUUCCUGUUCUGCUCCUUCUGCAAAGACCAGUUUCCGGGGAAGGCGUUAAACAACUUCCAAAACACUCCUCCUCCCACUGGCUAUUUCACAGCUAAUGACUCUGGGCUCUAGGGUGGGGGCAUUGGUUUUUGGGGUGUGAUCUAGUUUUGUUUGUUCAUGUAUGUGUGCAUUUGUUGUUGUUUUGGGAAGUUGUUUUGUUUUAAAAAAAAUCUGGUGAUUUUCUGAUGCAAUUGGUUCAAUUUUAUGGACAGGUGGAGCACACAGACGAGUCAUCUUCAAAAGCUGGUACUGCCCUUUGCUGUUACGCCUCAGCUUGCAAAAUCACAAUAUUAAGAUGUUGCAAAAGAACCUAAGAAAAUGAGAUUGUAAUAAUACUUCACUGGAUAAUAUUUCCCUUUUAUUGUUUUUCUUUUUCCCCAAGAGAUUUUUCCAAUUGGUGGUAGACAGAACUUGACGUCCGUUUUACCCUCGCUGUAGAAGAUUGUAUGCGUAAGAAUGUUGAAUUUGUAGUCAAGUUGCCAUUUGUUAGGAUUUGGAGCUUAUCACGGACAAUGCAACGAUAGCAAAAUGCUUUUGUUUCGAAACAGAAGUAGGCAGACUCACUCAACCCUUGAUUUUAUAGUGCAUUUGCAGUUAGUAAAAGGAGAGAAAGAAUCAAUGAAAGUGAUAUUCCUUUGGGGCAAAUUUUGUCAGCCUCUGAGAGCACGUACUGAUGUACUGUUUGAGGUACCUGACUUAACUUGGGAUUACAGAUAAUGAGCAGUUUCCCACAUCUGCUCGUUGGCUACCAGUAACCACUUUGUCUGUCCUGAAGGCCUAAGAGAAGAAGGGCAGCGGGGAAUCACAUGGAUCGAUUCUUACCUUCAUCUCAGUGUGAUACUUCUUUCAUCACUGACUGAAUGGACAGGCCAAAGGAAGGAAAAGUGUGGCUGGAGAAGUACAGACAAAAACAAAAUGAAGAAGUGUGUCCUAAACACAUGCCUGCAGUCGGUGGAUAAAGCUGUCUCAUCCAAUAGAGUCAGACACACGGACAGUAGCCGUCAUUUUGGCCUAUUUCAGGGAAGAAAUGCUGAAAAACCUCCUCACUCAGGCUUCGAUUCAGGAGGGUAUAUUUUUAUGAGAAACAGCAAAUGUUUGUAAGUGUUUUUCUGCCUUGGAAUCUUAGUAAGGAUCCAUUUAACUGUGAGCAAUUUUACCUGUCUUUCGGAAACCGAGGCACACGUAUUUACACAUACAGUUGUUUUUGCCUAUCUCCUUUUGAUUCAGGAUAAGGUUGUGCUGUGUUAGUCAUAAAUGUAUUUCACAAGGAAUCGGAUGGCAGUCAUGGCUCUAUGCUGCGUAGAGAACGUGUAAACACUGGCUUAGGAAGGCAGUUCUUUGGCAUUUCUUUUUCAUAUUCAGAAGCACAGGACUUCACCACCAGCCUAUAUUAGAGCUUGGUUCUCUGUUCCUGCUUAAGCUGUGUACGUACAAGGGCCAAGCUUCACCUAAAACUAGCAAACAUCACAGCAGUUAGCUCAGCCUAAAUCUGCAUUUGAAUGUGAGUACCUUCUCACUCAGGAGUGUUUGUAUUUGAGAUUUUAGUUAUUGAGACUAGGGACAUUUUGAGUUCUUUUUUUGGGACACCAUGUGGUGAAAGCCAGAGAGUUAGAUUAGGUUCGUGCCGUGAAAAGGUUGCACUUAAAUCACAUUUUCAGAAGAAAGAUGUGAGAAAGUAACUCUUGCAGUUCCUGGGUCUCACCAUUGGCAUCAGUGUACCAGCUCUUUUAAAUAAAAUAAAUAUGAGGGCACACAGUGUCCUGCUUCAGCAGUAGCUCUGGGUGUAUCCUGGGGUAGAUGUUGUGAAGAAAGGAGUGCUGAUAAAAGGAGGUGUGUCAGGGAAAGGCUGUAUCACCUCGUAGCACUUUUCCACCUCCCCUUUCCUCCACCAUCAGCAUUCAGCCCCAGCUCAGAGCGGCAGGCUGACUUCCAGCCUUGACCAGGCUCUUUGGAGGGACAUUGCCUAUGAAAUAUCACUACUGCAAAUGAAACACCACAGUAGUGGUUCAGUCCCUGCUGAGUCAGACCUCCUGGAGUCAAGGAGAACAUAUCCUGCCCGAGAGCUUGGUCACUGGUGCAGGAUGGUUUAGUAUACUUUAAUACUUCUAAAGUUAUCUUUACCUAACGUACAGUGACUAAAGAUACUUACAUCGUGCCCAGUAGAAUAAUAAUAAUAAUAAAAAGUAAAUAUUUUUCUUCAUCUGCUUUUGCUUUCUUUCUUUCUGGGACUGACUUCUUUCAGACAGCAAAGCAAGAUGGCUUAAUUCACAGCCGGUCAGUUCUUGCUUCUCAUGCGCUUGCACAAAGGUGAGAGAUCAGGCUGGAAAAGGUUUUACCUGUGUUGCCAGGAUUAUUGGCCACUGGUAAGAACUAUAAAAGAAGCAGUUAGCUUGCUGUCUCUUGGGACUGCAGGUCAGAACAGGGUACUGCUCUAUAAGAGAUGCUAUAGUCAGAGAAUCGGUGAUUUCAGCACACAGAUGUGCAGAAAAUGCCUUGCAAAACACAGGCAGGCAGUCACAGCUAGCUCUGAUAUUUUUCUGCCCUUUUAAAGUCACCUGAACUUGAUACUGUGGAUUAGUAGUACUUUUUGGAAUUUUUUUCAUUGUCACUUAAAAUAAAAUAAUUCCCCAUGAGAUCUUUUCUAUUAGUCUGGAAAUGUAUGAAGUGAAAUCUGGGAAUUGAGAUCCUACAAAGGAACCAGGCCAGAUGAAAGGACGUGUCAUGGAGUUCCCUUCCCGGAUCAUUGCCAUGUUACUGUACCAGACUCCUUGCCUCCCUGGAACACUCUGCAGCACUGUGCCAGUGCACUGCGAGCCAAGGAGCCGUAUGAUUAGACACCUCCCAGUACAACUAGAGAUCAGCCACUGUGCAAUUGUGUAAAAAAAUAAUAAAUAUUAAAAAAAAAAAAAAA